UCUUUUGCCAUGUUUUGGCGGAUCGUAGUCUGUAGAUGCGCUAAGUAAUGUCCGUUUAUUAGAAUUUAUUUAAAAACACGUUAUGGACAAAAUAUAUACAUAAAUAUUACCUCGAGAUUUGUUUUAUACCAUUAUAUUUUAAAUUCACUAUAAUUCAUUACCGUACAACGCUUUAACAUUCUAAAAAAUAAUCGCUUAUUAUAUUUGUAUAUAUUUAAGUUACACAGUCAAGCAUAUGAAUUCCCUUAUUAAAAAUCAGUUUAAGAGUGGAGUGAAAAAAGUGUGAAAAGCUCUUAUGAAAAAUUCAAUAAGUUAACAUUUCAAUAUGCAAAUCUGUGGAAUUUUUUUAGUUAUUAUAACUUAUCAAGGUAUUAAAAGUCAGUUUUCUCCUCCUAUAUUUCAAAACUUGCCAGAGGAUGGAUUAACAUUUGAACUUGGCAAAGAGGUUUUGUUGCCAUGCAGUGCUACAGGCAAUCCGAAUCCUAAAGUUGUAAAUUGGCUUAUUGAUGAUAAGCUUGUAAAUUUAGAUACUAAUAUAUUAACAUCGAAUGGAGAUUUAAAAAUUUCUCGUGUUCAAAAAAGUGAUGCUGGACGUUAUCAGUGUGUUGCAAGUAAUAAUCUGGGAGGUUUAGUAUCUCAAAAGCGUCAAAUAUAUAUAGCAUACUUUGAAAGAAUUGUGUCAGUUGUUGAAAGAGUAACUAAGCAAAUUAAUGAUAACUUUUAUGCUGCUGUACCUGAUGUUGAUACUCAGCCAAAGCCAAAAUAUAUAUGGAGUAAAAAUGGUGUUUUAUUAGCGGAAACAUCAAGAAUAAGAAUAAAUAAUAAUGGUGAAUUAUUUAUAUCCAAUCUUGAUCUCUCAGAUGAUGCAACAUACACACUUUAUAUAGAAAAUACUUUUCUUCAAAAUAAAAAUGUUCCAUAUGCUAAUCAGCUUGUUAAAACUGUAGUAUUGAGAAUCUUUGGGAGUUCGAGUACACAAAAUACUGCAGAUAUUAUAUAUGUGUCACAGAAGCAAGAUGCUGUUGAAGGAGAAACUGCUUUUGUCACUCUUGAAUGUUUUAUUACUGGGCAACUAAUGGAUCAGGUCCAGCUAAUUUGGAGUAAAAUCAAUGAAGAUGGAACCUCAAAGCAAGUUCCUAAUAGUUCUAAAUAUAUAUUAAAAGAUAAUGGCAGAAGACUAAAUAUAGUUUCUCCAACGUACAAAGACGAUAAUGGAAAGUUCAUAUGUUCUAUUCUUAACAAUUUAAAUGUGCUCAAUGAAAAAGAAGUGCUUCUUAAUGUUUAUAGUACUCCAGAGAUUUUAGUAAAACCUAUAGAUAUAUAUGGAUACACAGACAACACAUCAUCACUAAAUUGUGUAGCUCAAGGUUUUCCUAGUGUCAAUGUGACAUGGUAUCGCAAUGGUAUUCCAGUUUCAAUUAUUGGAAAACAUACAGUACUUCCCAAUAAUACUCUGCUUUUAAAUAAAUUAAAUUGGGAAGAUAAUGGUCUUUUUCAAUGUGCGGCAAGCAACAUAAAGAGCAUAGUGUUUGCUCAAGCACAAGUUAAAGUCUUAAAUAUUAGUGCAUCUAUUUUGGGUGAAUCCACUGAUAUCUAUGCUGGUUUUAACAGUAACAUAGAGAUUCCAUGUGUUGCUGUGGGCGCACCAAUGCCUAUAAUUUACUGGCUGAUAAAUAAUUCUCGCAUAAGCUUUCCAAACUCAGACUAUACAUUGCUACAGAAUGGUUCCUUAAUCAUAAAAAAAUUUGAUGGUAGUGGUAGUGUUUAUACUUGUGUAGCUGAUAAUAUGGUUGGUAUAUCAAGAAAAUAUUCUCGAGUUUUUGUAAUUGUUCCGACAAAGAUAUCUGAAUAUCCUCAAAGGGAAACAUAUGCUCGCAAAGGAGAAAAUGUACGACUUGCAUGCACUGUAAUAAGUGAUCCCAAUAUAAAUUUUACACGUGAAUGGCGAUACAAUAAUCUUAUAGUUCAAGAUCCUCGAUACAUUGUUCAGCCUGAUGGUAGUCUAAUAGUAAAAUUUGUGCAAGAGAUAGAUACAGGCAUUGACUUUUCCUGUCAUGUAUUUUCAUUAGGGGGAAAUCCUUUCGUUUCUACAUCUUUGGUGCUUGUUCAGCUUCCCAUGAUUCCUUCUACACCUCGUGUAAUCGAUACUCAACCUUUUUCUCUACAGUUAACAUGGGAUGCUCCAUCUGAUGGCGGAAGUCCAUUGACAGGCUAUCAAUUAUACAUGGAAAACUUCACCAUGAACAAUUUCCUCCUUCUUGCACAACUUCAACCAGAGAUGACUUCUUUUACAGUGAAUAAUUUACUUGCUGGAGCAAAGUACCGUUUUAGAAUUGCUGCAUUAAACAAAUUUGGGAAAGGAUUUGAUAGUGAUCCAACAAGUUGGAUUGAAACUCAGGCACUUGCUCCCACAGCAGCUCCAGAUGGUUUUCGUACAUCGUCAAUUGGCAUGGAUUCAAUAACUUUAGUUUGGAUGAUUCCACCACAAUCAACUCAUAAUGGAGAACUGUUAGGUUUUUACAUUGGUUAUAGGCUGGCAGGCUAUGGUAUGGAUUUUACUAACAUUGAUGUCAAAGGAAUUACUCCAAUGUAUACUAUGACAGGUCUCCCGUUAUUUACACGUUAUGAACUUAAAGUUGCUGCAUAUAAUAAGGCUGGUAUCGGACCAUGGAGCUCUACAAUAAAUGUUGAUACAAAACAAGGAAUUCCAUCUGCUCCUCCAACAAAUGUUUCAGUGUCUGUUUUAACUGCUACAACUGUUUCUGUCAGUUUUACAUCUCCUCCCCAACAACAGUGGAAUGGACAAUUAACAAAGAUAAUAGCAAGAACAUGGCCUCCUGGUCGUCCACAAGACCAACAAGAAUAUUCUACAGAUUAUAAUCCUUCUUCUUUAUACCACCAAACCUUUGUAUUGCCAAAUUUGAAACCUAAUACUGAAUAUACUUUGGCAGUUGCGGUUGCUACAUCAGGUGGUCCAAGUCCAGGAAGUUCAGCAGUACAGUUUAAAACCAGUGAAGGGGUACCUGAUGCUGUUCGCGAUUUAAUGGUGUCAGGGAUAUAUUCAGAUGCUUUUACAGUUAGUUGGAAAUUACCUAAAGAGUCUGCUGGUGAACUUAAAGGAUAUAGAAUAAAGUAUCGAGUAUUUAAUAACAUCAAUGAAUGGUCAGAGUUUGUAGAAGUUCCUAUAGCACUAGGUGCAGUUAUAAGACCUCUACUACCACGUACAAGGUAUGAAGUGAGUGUUGCUGCUUUUACUUCAAAAGGAACAGGGAGUUUUGUUAGUGCAUCUGUUGAAACCAUUGAGUCACCUGUUUUGCCAAGUGCUCCAUCAAACCUUAAAUCUUAUGGAAUAUGGGGAAGCAACAUUUCUUUGGGAUGGACUCCUGGAGAUAGUGGGCGAGCUGUUUUUUUAUACUACUUAAUUGAAUAUAACAAUGAUACUGCCUAUCAUAUUAGCCAAAAUCCUCCUGUUUGGCGUUUAAUUAGAAACUUAACUAAGAUUCUUGAAAAUCCUGCAAAUAUACCAGGGCUGAAACAUAGCACAACUUAUCGUUUUCGUAUGCAGGGUUUUAAUAUUGUUGGACCAUCUCCUUACAGCAAUGUAUCAGCUGAUAUUACAACCAGUGAAGGAGUUCCAUCUAAAGCCCCUCUUAGAGUUUGGGCAUCUGCACCAGAAAGACAAGCACUUUUAAUUGAGUGGAAUCCACCUGAAGCAGAAUCUUGGAACAGUGGAUCAAUUAAAUAUCAAUUUAUUAUCAAACCUAAAGACAUUGAUCCUGAAAUACAGUUUGCAGCUGUUGAUUACUAUGAUACCCAAGCUAAGUCUUAUUUAGCUCGAGGAUUGCAGAAGUACCUUAUGUAUAACAUCACAAUGCGAUUGUUUAAUGAUAAAGGUUUUGGUCCAUGGAGUACUCCUGUAUUUUUUAGAACUUCAGAAGACUAUCCUGCUGGAGCACCCAUUAAUAUUGUUGCAAAAGCACUUGAUUCUUCUACUAUACAGUUAACAUGGGAACCAGUUCCAAUAUUUCAAAGAAAUGGGCAGAUUAUAGGAUAUAAAGCCUUUUACUCAAUCAAAAACCUACCAGAUACAGAGCUUUUUAAAGACUUCCCAGGUAACCUCACUUUGCGUGGUACCAUUAACAAGUUAGUUGGGUUUGUUGACUAUGAAAUAUAUUUAAUGGCAUACACUAGAGUUGGAGGAAACUUUAGAGGAAAUCCUGUAACUGUACGAACAUUGGAAGGAGUUCCAGGAAAACCACAUGAUGUUCGAUUUCCAGUGGUUACUUACAGCUAUGCUCAGUUAACAUGGGAGGAACCUUUACGCCCUAAUGGAGUUAUUAUUGCUUAUGAAGUAAGGUAUUGUCAAACUGCAGAUGAAAAUAAAUGGAUCACUUAUCAAAGAGAUAAAGAACUACCACCAAGAACAGCUCAGAUUAGUGGGCUUGUUUAUAAUUCAUAUUAUAUUUUUGAAAUCAAAGCUAGAACAGCUGUUGGAUGGGGUGAACCUGCAAUUGAAAAAGUGCUUAUUACAUCUGAAAGAUUUGCUCCUGACAGCCCUGUUAUCCUUCCUAUACCACAUACUAACGUACGAGCUGAGUCAAUUGUAGUCAGUUGGUUACCACGUUUUGAUGGGAAUUCACCAAUAAGAGGGUACAAUCUUCAAUAUAUUAAAGAUUAUGGUGUUUGGAAAACAUUUCAAUUUGGAAUUCCACCAACUAUAAAUUUGCCUGCAUCAAUGCAGGAAGCUGAAGUAACUAAAUUAUUUCCAGCAAGUACUUACCAAUUUCGUGUCAAGGCUAUUAAUGAUAUUGGUGAUAGUCCUUGGAGUGAUGUUACAAAACGGCAAAUAACGCAAAGUCCUGAUACAUUAGGUGGUCCUACCAAAGUUUAUGUGACAGGAAAGACAUCAACUUCUCUUGAAUUUGCUUGGGAGCCGCCAAUUUCAUCAACUUCAUUGCAAGAAUUGCGUGGUUAUAGAGUGGGAUUCAAAGAGGUUGGUGGAGUUGAUGAUGAGAAAGAGAUGAGUGUAAGUAGUUCACAACUUUCUUUCAAGUUAACAAAUCUCAAAGUGUUCCAAGCAUAUGAUGUAAGGAUUGGUGCAUUUACUGAUCAAAAUAUUGGAGUUUGGACACCAGUGUAUCAAUGGAGAACAGGAGAAGCUGCUCCAACUGAAGCUCCUCGAAAUGUCAAAGUAAAUUUCCAAGGGGCUAGUAUUGUUCGAGUGACCUGGGAAUCUCCAGCAGCAGAUUCAAUUAGAGGUUAUUUGCAGGGUUUUAAGGUUGAAUCUACUCGAAUAGGCUUAAAUCGUCGACGUAGAAGUAUUGUUCAGAGGUCAAAGCGAUUUUUAGUUGCUGUUAAGUCAAAGCGGUCUUUAGAUGCUGUAUGCCAAGAAUUUCCUGCUGUACAAACACAUCUUGCAGGUCCAUUCUCAUAUGAAGUAACAAUUAAAAAUUUGCGCAAGUAUACCAGUUAUGCAAUAACAGUUCGAGUUUAUAAUUCUUUUAGUGAUGGACCUAAAAGUUCUUCUAUUCAGUUUACUACUCCAUCUGAUAUUCCUGGGCCACCUUAUUUAUUGUCCCAAAGAAUUUAUACAAGUUUGAUUGAUGUUGAUUUUGCUGCACCAUGUGAACCAAAUGGUCAAGUGCUUGGCUAUAGAGUUCAAUACAAGGAGAAAAACGGAGGAUUUUUUACAACAGUAGGUUAUAAUAAACACACUCGACGUAUUCGCAUCUCAAAUUUGAGGCCUCUAACAUCUUAUCUUUUGUCCUUAUCGGCUAGAACUGAAGUUGGUUAUGGUCUUAAUGCUACAAUAGAAUUUAACACAAAAGAAAUACUGAAUCCACCUCAAGCGCCUGGUCCUCCUGAUGCCCCAGAAGUUUAUAAAAAUCAACCUGGUGUGCUUAUAAUUCAAUGGCAAGAAGGAGAUACAAGAAAUAUACCUGCUGAUUUAUUUAAUCUUCAAUAUAGCUUAGAAAAUGGCUUAUGGACUGACUUUAAAACUGUUACACCUGAUCAAUUACGUUAUGAUGGAACAGCUGUAGUCUAUACUAUAAUUGGUUUAAAACAAGAAAGAACAUACAGGUUUCGUGUUAGAUCUACUACUGUAUUAGGCACAUCACCUUAUAGUAAUCCGUCAAAACCUAUUACACCAGUUAAAAGUAGUGGUUUGGAAAAACCAUUUUACAGAGAAAUUUGGUUUAUAUUUGUUGUUGCUAUUUCUUUGCUACUUGUAAUACUGCUUAUUACAAUUUGCUGCUGUUAUCAUUUCAAAAACAAAAAAAAAUAUAUAACAACUAAACCUGGUCAGAAAAUAAGCAGUUUUGAGAUGUCUUUACUUCAAAAUGAUGAAAGCAAUGAAAGGCUUUUGCGCUCACCAAGUACUUUAGCACCAUCUUCAAAAAAAGGUGAUACAUUAAGAUCGUCAACAAAUAGCAUCGCAAAAUCUGUUAGAAAGUCUCAUGACAGUGAUAGUGAUUCACAACAGCAAUCUACUGAUCCAACAUCAAUUGCUAACCAUUACUCUAAUGAUCCGAAUCAUAAAAACUGGAGUGACUCUAUGGAUAAGAAAACAAAAAAAGAAAUUUUAUCAGAAUUUAACAAGAGAUCUGAUGGCAAUUUAUCAAAAGGAAAAAAUCGAAGAGGAUCUGAAGAGGUUUUAAAUCGACCAAGAGCUCGUCCAGGACGGCCAGAUCUAACAGAACAAAAAAAGCUUGCUCGGUCUGAACCUAUGUUAGCUGAAGAAAGUCCAAUAUAUCAACAACCUGAUAUGCCAAAAGUCCGAAGACCUGCAAAAACUCCUUUUGACCCUGCACUAAGUAGAUCUCAACCUGACAUCCAGAAGCAACCUAAAAUACCGGAAAAUCCAAUAACAAGGCAAUCCAGUUUUUUGAGGGCUACGCUAGGUGGUUCUGAUGACAAAGAGAGCUUCCAAGAUGCUUUUGAAAGAGAAAAAUCUAAACGUGAGCUUGCCAUGGAAUUGGACUCAAGAUUAGAUUCAUCUUAUCCUAGUAAUGCUCCUCCCCCAUAUGAUUUUAAUUCGGCUCCACCGGCAUACACUCCAUCUCAGGCUGAUGAAGAUGAGUUGGCUUCUGAAAUGGGUUAUCCUGUAAAACCACCUAUAUUGCCUAAACCAUAUAGAUGGAGCGACCGAUCAACAAAUUCAAAUAACACACCUUCUUCACAUGUUUAUACUCCUCCAUACACUAACCGAAAUUAUGUUGACAAUUCUCAACCCAAUCUAAAAUACCCACAAGUUAAUAACGAUAGAGGUUAUCCAUUGAACAGUAGACGUAUUGAUGAUCGCUUUUCUCCUGAGCCUCGUUUUUCUCCAUCUCGUUCUCUAAGCUCAGGAGAUUCAAUUGCUCAUAACAUAAAAUUCAAUGAUGAAUUAAAAGAAGAUGAAAUAGAUGGUUUUAAAACCGAUACCACAUUAGUUUAAAAUGUGUCUGUUUCAAUAAAAAAGAUGCACGAGUAAAUUUUAAUUUGACAAGAUUAUUAUCUGAGACAUAAAUACGCCGCUGAUUGUAUAAAUUGUUUUGCCAUAAUUUAUUCAAGAAUUUUUUUAAUGCCUAAAUAUAACUCGACACGAGUUUAGAAGCUGCUGGAAUUUUUAUUUCAAAGAAUAUUUUUGAUGAACAUUUUAUUUAUUGAUAGGUUUUUGAUUAAUAUUUUUUAUUCUAUUUUUAUAACAUGAUUUUCAUAUAGUUUGUUUUUUAUUAUUAACUUUAAAAUAUUUUUGGGGGCUUAAUUUUUAUUAUACUGAUUUUGAGCUGGCUUAUUUUCGUAUAUUUAAUAUGACGUAAUGUUUUUACAACGUGUUCAUAUUUCAUAUUUAUUAGAUGAAUCUCAAAAGUUAUUUUUAUAUUUUUAUUAACUGCUGACGCUGUGUAAUUUUUUAAGUUCUUUAUACUUCAAAAUGUUUAAAUUUUACUUUAAUUGUAAAUCUGAUUAAAUGGAUUAAUUGCAACUUAUUUACCAACGGUCACAAAUAUAUCUUUUAUUAGUGAAA